AUGAAAAAGAAGAGGCAGAAGGUGGGUAUUAUGAGAGGAACAACCAUUGUGUGAUUCUCCUCUUCUCUUUCGUCGUUCAUCAAAACGCACCGAUUGGUUGCGUUUUGAAACCACUGCAACUUCCCAUGAAUAGCGCAGCGCAUUUCACCGGAGUCUCGCCGACGAAGGACGACGUCGAAUGGGAGAUGCGUCCCGGCGGUAUGCUCGUACAGAGACGCGAAGCAGGUGACGAUGAUUACGUCGAUGGACAGAUGAUCAACAUCAGUGUAGCUCAUGGUUCUUCUCACCACGAAGUUUUCCUUCCAGCUCAAUCUACUUUCUGGGAUGUUAAGGAAAUGCUUGCACACGAAACUGGUUUAAAGCCCGAACAGCAAAGACUCUUAUUUAAAGGAAAAGAAAAGGAGAAUGAAGAAUAUUUGCACAUGGAAGGUGUGAAGGACAAGUCAAAGCUUUUGCUUUUGGAGGAUGCUGCUAGCAAAGAGAGUUAUCUUGAAGAAGUUAGAAAACACAAUGAAAUGUUAAAAGCUUUUGAAGCUGUUGCUGCUGUCAGAUCAGAGGUGGACAAGCUUUGUGAGAGGGUGUCGGCAUUGGAGGUGGCUGUGGAUGGAGGGACCAUGGUAUCUGACAAAGAGUUUGUUGUGUCCACAGAGUUGCUUAUGAGGCAAUUGCUGAAGCUGGAUGGUAUUAAGGCUGAAGGUGAAGCGAAGUUGCAGAGAAAAGCUGAGGUGCGUCGUGUGCAGAACGCCGUGGAUACAUUAGAUUCCCUGAAGGCAAGAAACUCCAAACCUUUUAGCAACAUUGGUAAGUCAGUCUUGUAACAAGACCUUUUGAAGCUUGAAUGCUUCAACCUUGUCAUCUUCUCCAAAUGUAAUUCAAAAUUGGGAGUGGUUUGAUUAGCUCAGAAAUUAUUGUGUGACAUUAAAUUACAAAGCACUUACAAUAUAUAUUUUUGGACCUUGAUUCUUCAUUUAAGGUCCAAUUUUAAACA